AUGGGGAGCCUGCCCAGCCGGGAGAAGCCGCUCAGCAUCCAGCCAGCAGUUGCCAACACCAUGCAGCCCCCGCUGCCCAGAGAGACAGCCCCCAGUGGCUUCCUGGCCCUGGCCCUCUGCGACUUCCCCUCCGGUGCGGGGACAACCACCAUCCUGAGGAUGGGGGAGCAGCUCCGCGUCCUCUCCGAGGACGGGGAGUGGUGGCUGGUGGCGUCUGCGGUGUCCGGCAAGGAGUGCCACAUCCCCAGCAGCUGUGUGGCCAAGGUCAGGCACAGGUGGCUGUACGAAGGUGUCAGCCGGCAGAAGGCGGAGGAGCUGCUGCUCCAGCCAGGCAACCGCAGCGGGUCCUUCCUGAUACGGGAGAGCCAGACCAGACGAGGCUGCUACUCGCUGUCGGUGCGCCGCAGCGAGCGUGCCUCCUGGGACUCGGUGACACACUACCGCAUCCACCACCUGGAGAACGGCUGGCUCUACAUCUCCCCCCGGCUCACCUUCCCCAGCCUGCACGACCUGGUGGACCACUACUCCGAGUUCGGAGAGGGGCUGUGCUGCCCCCUCAGGGAGCCCUGUUCCAUGGAAGGGGUGAGGGUGGCCCCAGUCCCCGCCAUGCCCGCUGUCGUGAAGAAGCCAUCACUCGACUGGGACAAGAUGGACAGCUCCCUCCUGUUCUCGGAGGCCGUGUCCUCGCCAGAGGAGGACUCUCCCAUCAGCCUGGGCCUACGGGAAGCCAUCAGCUCCUACCUCCUCCUGACAGAGACGGCUGCCCCCAAGCAGGGCCCUGCAGGGAAGGGAGCAAAGAGCAGCUGA